ACUUGUAGUUAGAUGAUGCAAUAUGGCCGCCAAAAUUAGCAACAGCUGAUAGAGGUGAUAUAAUGUUAUCUAAUUUAGGAACGUAUUAUUCAAAUAGGAAGUGUGAGAUGUAUCUAAUACCAAAACAACGGCAUCAUAUACGAUAAAGAACGAUAGAAUGGAUGAAGUGAUUGCUUCUGACAAUGAAGACCCUGCAAUGGAACUGCCUGCGGCACUUCCCCCAGAGAUUGAAGAAGGAAACAUAGAGUAUAAGUUAAAACUAGUGAACCCCUCUGAGUCUCGUGUGGAGCACCUUGUCACUCAGAUGAAAUGGCGGUUGGAGGAGGGAGAAGGGGAGGCCAUUUAUGAGAUUGGGGUAGAGGACAAUGGCCUACUGGUUGGGCUGACCAAUGAAGAACUCACAGCAUCAUUGAAUACACUCAACAGAAUGGCUAGCAGACUUGGAGCAACUACAAGUAUACUAAGAGAGCGUAUUGUAGAAACGGAAGGGGCAGAGUGUCAAAGGAAAGCUUUAGAAAUCCUUGUUAGAAAGGUCCCUGAAAAUCAGGAGUUUAUUGAUCUGAAACUGGCAGUGCUAGGGAAUGUGGAUGCUGGAAAAUCCACUUUGCUUGGUGUCCUCACCCAAGGAGAACUAGACAAUGGGAGAGGACGUGCCAGACUGAAUUUGUUCCGUCACCUGCAUGAAAUCCAGACAGGGAGAACUUCCUGUAUAAGUCAUGAAAUCCUGGGAUUCAACAGUCAAGGAGAGAUUGUGAACUACAGUGACUCUAAAACAGUGGAGGAGAUAUGUGAACAUUCCACCAAACUAAUAACCCUCAUAGAUUUAGCCGGCCAUCACAAGUACCUGAAGACUACUAUAUUUGGUCUGACUGGUUACUGUCCAGACUUUGCAAUGCUUGUUGUGUCUGCCAACACAGGAAUGGCUGGCACUACCAGGGAGCAUCUUGGUUUUGCCCUGGCCCUUGGAGUCCCUGUGUUUGUAGUGAUCACUAAGAUAGACAUGUGCAGAAGAUUUAUGAUCGAGAGAACUGUCUCACAACUGGAGAAAAUACUCAAAUCACCAGGUUGUAAUCGGGUCCCUUUACGAAUCAAAUCUGAAGAUGAUGCCAUGACUGCUGCAGCUAACUUUAAUUCGGAAAGAAUUACCCCUAUAUUUACAAUUUCCAGUGUAACUGGGAAGAAUACUGAUCUGUUAACCAAGUUUCUAAAUGUUUUGCCAUCAAUGAAGAAUGUAACAGAGAGGGAGAAACUAUCGCAAGAUAACACUGAGUUCCAGAUUGACACACAGUUUACUGUGCCUGGUGUUGACAGUGUUCUAGGGGGCCACAUUAGUCGGGGGUCCAUAAAGGAGGGGGAUAAUCUCCACCUAGGUCCCCUGGAGGAUGGUAGCUUCAAGGAGGUAAAGGUCAAAACUGUUCACAGGAAUCGGGUGCCAUGUCGUCUCAUUCAGGCUGGGCAGGCAGCUACAGUAGCUCUGACAGAAAAACACCGAAAUAUUCUCAGGCGAGGAAUGGUGCUGGUAAGCCCAGAGUCUACCUUCAACAACUUUGUAUGUAGAACAUUUGAGGCUAGUAUUUACCUGCUUUAUCACACCCAUCAAAUCAGCAGAGGAUUUGAAACCACUGUACAUGUAGGAAAUGUUUGUCAGAUCUGCAAAGUGGAAAUUAUCAAAGAUAAGGAAUCUGUCAAAACCAAUGAAAAAGCACAUGUCACAUUCCGAUUCAUGAAGCAGCCAGAGUUUAUACGACCUGGGUCCAGACUCCUCUUCAGACAAGGCACAACCAAGGGUAUGGGGGAGGUCAUGAAGGUCCAUGCUCUCAAAGAAGAAAUCCAGAAUGUGGCUCAUUUGGACACAGGCCAGAAUGAUAUUUCUGGUGCUUAUGUCCAGGAUACUGAGAUGGAUGAAAUUCCUCAAACCAGACCUGUGGAUAACAUUGGUCGAGUAGACAGCCCACACAGAUGAAUUUCCUUGAUUUAAACCUCAAACUUGAUAAUGUUUUUUUCCUUCUGAAGUUUGUGAAAUUAGAUGUAAAAUAUAUAUCAUUUUCAAUGUGCAACUGUUUAGUUAUACAAUGUAUUUUAAUUUUUAGUUCACUCCGAAUUUAGGGAUGAAUUAUGCAAUGUUUUUGAAUUUUAUGUUUUCGUUAUUUAUUUUUACAUCUGUCAUUACUGCUGACUUAGUAGUACCCACCUUAAAACCAAAACAUAAAUGUUGUCAUGGUAAUUGUGGAUUGUACCUAUAUGUAAUCAGUUUGUUUAUUUUUAAAGAGAAUAUUAAAAAUUCUCUGUGCAAUUUGUACUCAACAUUUUUAAUCAUGUCACUAAAAUUUUUAUAUAAUUAAUGUACCAGUGAACAUUUUCAUUUCUUUUUAUAUAACAUUUUAUCAAUAUUUUCCUCCCUUUACAUGAACAAAUUUAAUUUUAAAUGGCAUAUAAUUUCUUGUUAGAUGAAUGGUGCUAAAAUGCACUUUUCAAUAAUGUGUAUCUUUAUGAAAUGUUACUACAACAGCAAAAUCAGCAUUUUGAUUGUUCAGAAAAUUGUGUAUUGCAUGAUUAUGUCACAUACUAAGCAUGUAGGUUGUUUAGAUAGAGUUAUUGGUGUAACUUUUAUUUUUUUUUUUCCAUUGUCAGAUUUGUUAGUCUGAAUUAGUUAGAGUUUUUGGUUUGUUUUCUUGUUUGUUCACUUAAACAAAAACACUGUUGCAGAUACUGCAUUGUUAUGUUUGCUUGUUGCAGGUAAAAUAUCAAAUAAAAAUUUGGUAUUAAAGAAA